AUGACCUAUAAUGAGGGAUAUGAAAUCCUGGAAAAGAUAUUAGCCAACAAUGGGCAUUGGGCCGACCCACGAGCUCAAUCACAGAAAAAGACUGGUGAGAUACAUGAUGUAGAUGCAUAUACUGCAUUAACAGCUCAGCUUACCUCCAUGACCAACAUGCUGAAAAAUCUAACUUCUGGUCAGGGAGUGCAGCAAGCUGCUAAUACACCUGUUCUAACAGUCCUCUCUGUGCAAUGUGUGUGCUGUGGUGGGGAACACUCGUAUGAACAUUGUCCUCAUAAUUCUGAAUCCAUAAACUUUGUUCAUAAUGGAUCUGGUCCCUAUACCAACAAUUACAAUGCAAGUUGGAAACAACACCCGAAUUUUUCUUGGAAUAGUUCAUGUUUAAAUCCACACGCACCUAAGCAGCAAGGAACCUCUAAUUUUCAACCCCAACAACAUGUGAGUAGUUCCCAAAAUCAUCACCAAAAUUUUCAAACUGCUCAACCACCUUUUCAAAACAAGCCACCUACACAGGCUGAUUUAUCAUCUUCUUUGGAAGCAAUGAUAAAAGGGUUAUUUGCGCAUGCUCAAGCUCAAAAUCAAGCUUUAAUAAUCCAACAAAACUCUCAAAAUCAAUCUCUUUUCAAUCAGCAAAGUACGACUAUCAGAAAUCUGCAAACCCAAGUGAGUCAACUUGCACUCAAUCAGACCAAUAGAGUCCUUGGUACUUUGCCUAGUAACAUAGAAGUACCGAGAGCCUUAGGAAAAGAACAUGUGAAAGCAGUGACCCUGAGAAGUGGGAAGGAAUUGACAGAGGCCAUACAAAAAGAUCGUAAACCAAUUUUGUCAAAAACUGAUGCUACAGCAUUGGUCCCUGCCAAAGAAAGACCGGUCCAACCUUUAGAGAAGCAAGCAUCUGAGACCACCACUUCUGUCCCCCCUAGAUCAGACUAUCCUUUACUGUUUCUAGAGGAUGUUUUAAAAAAAUCAGAAGGGACUGAGGUUUCAGAGACCCCUAAGCUUGAUGCUAAGACUCCAUCUGAACCUCCAAAGUGCACAACAAAGACUCAAGGCAUAGGUGAGGCUAGACCUACCACAGUUACACUUCAAUUAGCCAACAAGUCCAUAGCAUACCCUAAGGGAAAGAUUGAGGAUGUGUUAGUGCAAGUUGACAAGUUCAUAUUUCCGGCAGAUUUUAUCAUCCUAGACUUUGAGUACCCUGAUUACUUGGAGGAGUGUUCAAAGAUAACUGAAAUAGAGGAAAUGUGCCUUGAAGAAGGAUUUCAGGAAAACCUUAAGUUGGAAGAGGAGUGUGAUGAGGAAAUAGAAGAAGAUGUUGAGGAAAUGGAGGAAAUAGGAAAUGAUAAUGUCCCAGUGGAUGCUGCAGCAUUUGAGCUGCUGAAAAAUAGUGAGAACAUCAACUUUCGUGAAAACAUUCUGAAGGCCAUCAAGAUGGAUAAUAAGAGUCUGUUUGAAGAGAAUGAGAAAUUGACGAAAGAGUUGGCAGCUCAGGUUGCACAGCCUACUCUUACGGAGUAG